AUGGGUGCAGGACCUUCUGCAGCAGCCCCAAGCGCAUACCUGCCCCCCUUGCAGCAGGUAUUUCAAGCGCCGCGUCGACCCGGGAUAGGAACCGUUGGGAAGCCCAUCAAGCUCUUAGCCAACUACUUUGAAGUGGACAUUCCCAAGAUUGAUGUGUAUCAUUAUGAAGUGGAUAUCAAGCCUGACAAAUGUCCACGCAGAGUCAACAGGGAAGUUGUGGAGUACAUGGUACAGCACUUCAAACCACAGAUCUUUGGUGACCGAAAGCCAGUCUACGAUGGGAAGAAGAACAUCUACACUGUCACAGCCUUACCCAUCGGAAAUGAGAGGGUUGACUUUGAGGUGACGAUCCCAGGGGAAGGCAAGGACAGGAUAUUUAAGGUCUCCAUCAAAUGGAUGGCCAUCGUGAGCUGGCGCAUGCUGCACGAGGCCCUGGUCAGUGGGCAGAUCCCUGUUCCCCUGGAGUCUGUCCAGGCGCUGGACGUUGCCAUGAGGCAUCUGGCUUCCAUGAGGUACACUCCCGUUGGCCGCUCCUUCUUCUCCCCCCCCGAAGGUUAUUACCACCCCCUGGGUGGUGGCAGGGAGGUCUGGUUUGGUUUCCACCAGUCGGUCAGGCCUGCCAUGUGGAAGAUGAUGCUCAACAUUGAUGUGUCAGCCACGGCCUUCUACAAAGCCCAGCCUGUGAUCGAGUUCAUGUGUGAGGUGCUGGACAUCCGGAACAUUGACGAGCAGCCCAAGCCCCUGACGGACUCGCAGCGAGUGCGUUUCACCAAGGAGAUCAAAGGUCUGAAGGUGGAGGUCACCCACUGUGGGCAGAUGAAGAGGAAAUACCGCGUGUGCAACGUUACCAGGCGGCCGGCCAGCCACCAGACGUUUCCCCUGCAGCUGGAGAGCGGUCAGACAGUGGAGUGCACAGUGGCUCAGUACUUUAAGCAGAAAUACAACCUGCAGCUGAAGUAUCCCCACCUACCCUGUCUCCAGGUUGGCCAGGAGCAGAAGCACACGUACCUGCCCUUGGAGGUGUGCAACAUCGUGGCAGGCCAGCGGUGCAUCAAGAAGCUCACAGACAAUCAAACAUCAACCAUGAUAAAAGCAACGGCCAGGUCUGCCCCAGACAGGCAGGAGGAGAUCAGUCGCCUGAUGAAGAACGCCAGCUACAACCUGGACCCAUACAUUCAGGAGUUUGGGAUCAAGGUGAAGGAUGACAUGACGGAGGUGACGGGGAGGGUCCUGCCCGCGCCCAUCCUGCAGUACGGAGGCAGGAACCGGGCCAUUGCAACUCCCAACCAAGGCGUGUGGGACAUGCGAGGGAAGCAGUUCUACAACGGCAUUGAGAUCAAAGUCUGGGCCAUUGCCUGCUUUGCCCCGCAGAAGCAGUGUCGGGAGGAGGUGCUGAAGAACUUUACGGACCAGCUGCGCAAGAUCUCCAAGGACGCGGGGAUGCCCAUCCAGGGCCAGCCCUGCUUCUGCAAGUACGCCCAGGGGGCAGACAGUGUGGAGCCCAUGUUCCGACACCUCAAGAACACCUAUUCGGGCCUUCAGCUCAUCAUUGUCAUCCUGCCAGGGAAAACACCCGUGUAUGCUGAGGUGAAGCGCGUUGGGGACACCCUCCUGGGAAUGGCCACACAGUGUGUCCAGGUCAAGAACGUGGUGAAAACCUCCCCUCAGACCCUUUCCAACCUCUGCCUCAAGAUCAACGUCAAGCUUGGCGGGAUCAACAACAUCCUUGUGCCUCACCAGCGCUCUGCUGUCUUUCAGCAGCCAGUGAUCUUCCUCGGGGCCGAUGUCACUCACCCACCGGCAGGAGAUGGGAAGAAACCCUCCAUAACAGCUGUUGUGGGCAGCAUGGAUGCCCACCCCAGCCGGUACUGUGCCACCGUGCGUGUGCAGCGUCCUCGCCAGGAGAUCAUCGAGGACUUGUCCUACAUGGUGAGGGAGCUCCUCAUCCAGUUCUACAAAUCCACCCGCUUCAAACCCACCAGGAUCAUCUUCUACCGUGAUGGUGUUCCCGAGGGGCAGCUCCCACAGAUCCUUCACUAUGAGCUCCUAGCAAUCCGAGACGCCUGCAUCAAGCUGGAGAAGGAUUACCAGCCUGGCAUCACCUACAUCGUGGUCCAGAAAAGGCAUCACACCCGUCUCUUCUGUGCAGACAAGAACGAGAGGAUUGGGAAGAGUGGGAACAUCCCAGCAGGAACAACAGUGGAUACAAAUAUCACCCAUCCCUUUGAGUUCGACUUCUACCUGUGCAGCCAUGCAGGCAUUCAGGGCACGAGCCGCCCAUCCCAUUACUACGUGCUCUGGGAUGACAACCGGUUCACAGCAGACGAGCUGCAGAUCCUCACCUAUCAGCUGUGCCACACCUACGUGCGCUGCACCCGCUCCGUCUCCAUCCCAGCCCCGGCCUAUUACGCGCGGCUGGUGGCGUUCCGAGCUCGGUACCACCUCGUGGAUAAGGAGCAUGACAGUGGCGAGGGCAGCCAUAUAUCUGGACAGAGCAACGGCAGAGACCCCCAGGCCUUGGCAAAGGCUGUGCAGGUUCAUCAGGACACUUUACGUACCAUGUACUUUGCUUGAAAGCCUAACUUUUGUUACCUCACUCAAGAAAGCUUUCAGAUUUGUAGGAGCCAUACAAAAAAGGAAGCAUUGGGACACCUUGUUGUUGUUUUUUUUUCCAAUGAGAAAUCACUGCAGGGCAGGCAGCGUCGGUUUGAGGCAGGAGACCAGCACCACGGGACAGAAAGAUCCAACACCUUUGUAGGAUUGGAAGAGACUUUGACGAUUAUUUUUUUUAAUUUUUUCUUGCUUUGCAAAAUUUUGACCUGACCAAACACAUGAAGGCAUUCAAGGAAGGGAUAAAACUCCCAGGAGGCGGAAGCAGGUUUUCAUUUUCAAGAUGCAAUACUAGAGACUCCUGUCUGUGAACUGGUGGAUUUGGUUCUCUGUUGCCCACCAGGUGCUGGUAGGUAUUUUUGUGGGGGUUGGGGGGAGGGGAUUUUUAGAGCCUUAAAACAGAAGACUAGAUUUAUAAAACUAAUAUUUUAGAAUAUGAGAUGCUUUAAUGGGUUAAGGGGAAAA